AUGGGGGCCCACGGUGGUGGAAGAGAUAAGAUGCAGAGCGAGAUAGGAACUCAAAUCACACCAAUUAUGGGUUUUGAUUGUGUGGUGAUUGGGGUAACUCACAGUUGUGGAGCCAGUAUUGAGGUGGUUGUGGGAGUGGAGGCCUGGCCAGUGGCUGAUGAUGCACGGGUGGUUCGCUGCACGAAGGUUGCGUAUCUGAUGGCACGAAGGGCACGUGAAUCGCGUGUUAACUUGGAAGUAAUGGAUAAGGGAGUUGGUCGUCAGUGGCUCGCAUAG